AUGCCGUCAGACCCCGAGCAGAGAGUCGAGGCAGCGACCGAAUAUGUCGCGCCCGAAAGUACUGCACCGCCAGGCGCAAUCAAAUCUCCAGAGGGAGCUGCUGCACCGGAUGGUGCGCCUUCAUCUGCAUCUUCCAGUAACCCGGCAUCAGAGAAGUUGCCUGACCAGGCAAAUGAUGUCGUCGUGGAAACGCCGCAAGAUAAUGCAUCACCGACCGAAGAGAAUGCCCUGGAAAAGCCCACGCUGGACAGAACAAAAUCCAGAGCCUCCGAUUUUUCCAAAAGCCGAACUAUUAUCAUCAUGUUCUCUCUGUGCAUGGCCUUGUUCCUGGCAGCUCUAGACGUCACCAUCAUCACGACAGCUUUACCCACCAUUGCUCAACAUUUCCAGGCCUCGGCUUCGGAUUAUACCUGGGUUGGUAGUGCCUAUCUACUCGCAAACGCCGCAAGUGUCCCCUUAUGGGGCAAACUCUCGGACAUCUGGGGUCGCAAACCUAUCAUUACGCUGGCCAAUGGAGUUUUCAUGGCCGGAAGUCUAAUAGCCGCUUUGAGCAACUCAAUCGGUCUCCUUAUCGGGGGACGGGUGAUUCAGGGCGUUGGCGGAGGUGGUCUUAUAACACUGGUCUACAUCUGCAUCAGCGACCUAUUCAGCAUGAGAGAAAGACCGAAGUACUUUGGUAUCUUGGGCAUGGUAUGGGCCAUUGCUUCGGGAGUCGGUCCGGUUGUGGGCGGCGCUUUCACCGAGGGUGUCUCAUGGAGAUGGUGUUUUUACAUCAACUUGCCAUUAGAUGGCCUGUCCUUGAUCCUGCUCACGUUCUUCCUCAAGCUGGACACUCCCAAGACACCCUUCUGGGCCGGAGUCAAGGCCAUCGACUGGGUUGGCGUCGUCACGAUUGUGGGUGGAGUUGUCAUGUUCCUGUUUGGCAUGACCUCGGGAGGCACAACGAGGCCCUGGGACAGUGCGUAUACCUUGUGCCUCAUCAUCUUCGGCAUCAUCACCAUUGCCCUGUUCUUCCUGAACGAGUGGAAGCUGGCGAAAUACCCGGUCAUCCCACUUCGACUCUUCAAAAAUCGGUCUAAUCUCGCAGCACUGGGUGUCUGCUUCAUCCACGGUUUCGUCUUCAUCGCCGGGAGCUACUAUCUCCCGUUCUACUUUCAGACCGUGAUUGGCGCUUCCCCGCUCCUCUCCGGGGUGUAUCUUCUGACAAUGGUCCUCACGUUGUCCUUUGUCUCGACCUGUACCGGGCUUUAUGUCAAGAAAACAGGACGAUUCCGAGACCCCAUCUGGUUUGGCCUCUGCGUCAUGACUCUUGGGUACGGAUUGUUCAUCGAUCUGCCAUCCAGCCCGGAUUGGGCCAAGAUCAUCAUAUAUCAGAUCAUUGCAGGUAUCGGCGUGGGUCCCAACUUCCAGUCUCCAUUGAUUGCGUUACAGGCCCACAUCAAGGGCCACGAUAUGGCAGUCGCGACGGCGACUUUUGGCUUCAUUCGCAACCUCUCCACCUCGAUCUCGGUGGUGUUGGGCGGCGUCGUCUUCACCAACGAACUCUCCAAGAAGUAUGACGGCCUGGUCCCCGUGAUAGGAUCAGAGCGCGCGAGGCUUCUGACUUCCUCCUCCUUCGGCGCCACCACCUCCAUCGUGCGCAAGCUUCAUGGACCAGCUCGCCACGCCGUCGACAAAGCAUACACCGACUCAUUGAGGACGAUGUGGAUCUUCUACACUUGCUUCGCAGCGUUUGGGAUCGUGGUGAGCCUGUUCAUCAAGAAGAAGGAGCUCAGCACCACGCACGAGAAGGCCAAAACGGGGAUCGAAGAACAAGAAAGGGUGAGACAGGAGAUAUUGCGCGAGAAGGAAGAGAAGCAACGAAGUAGGAGAGGCACUUUAGAAAAGGAUGUCGAAAAAGCCAUGACAGCGGGAACGGGAGAUAGGCAGCAAGGGUGA